CCGAGUCGCAUCUUCUCCCAUAUUCAGUACCCUCACCACCUUGUGAAGGGUUACUCCGUGCUGUUCUAUGUGCUAUAGUCCACGUCUUCUUUCCCCAUUUUGUAAUAUAUAAGGCGAGGGCGUGUGGCUUCGCUCAGAUCAUAAGAGAGGGAGGGAGUUCUUUCUCUGCAUAUAUUAGACAGUUUGAGAUCGCAUACUGGUCUGUCAUUGACGGGCCGCCUUCGGGAGAUUGGAGGUAUACCAUAAGGAGAGGAUGAGAGAGUCGAUGGAGAUCGCAGUGAGGGCAAAGGUGCUGGAGGUUGUGCCUUUCGUGGUGAUGGUGAUCAUGGAAGGCUGCACCAUUGCGCUUACCAUCUGGGCCAAGACCGUCAUGAGCAACUACGGGAUGAGCCCUUUCGUGUUCGUGGUCUACACUAACGCGCUCGCCUCCCUCAUCCUCCUUCCUUAUUCAUUCCUCUUCCACAGCGACGCCAGGCCGGAGGAAGCGGUAUGCAUCACACCGGGACUAGCUGUGCGGUUCUUCUUCCUAGGAUUAACAGGGAUAACAAUUACCCAGUAUCUCGUAUUCGUUGGACUAGACUACAGUUCCCCGAUCCUCGUAUGCGCCAUGGGACACUUGGUACCAACCUUCUCUUUCCUCCUCGGCAUAAUUCUCAGGACUAUAAAGCUAGACUUGAGAAAUUCGAGCAUUCAAGCCAAAUUGGUCGGUACCUUCAUAACAGUUGCGGGGGCAGUAUUCGUCACUCUUUACAAGGGACCUGUUGUAAGAAAGUCCUCGGCUUUGUUACACCUCGAACAGCACCUCUUUGUCUUCGCAUCAUCGCCUGAGCACUGGGUAAUCGGCGGGAUUCUGCUAGCUGGUGCUUCUUUCUCUGUUUCCAUUUGGAACAUCAUUCAGUUGGGAACGGUGAAGCAAUAUCCACAUGUUAUGAAAGUGGUGUCGUUUUACAGCUUGAUCGGGACGGUCCAAUGCACCAUAAUCUCAUUAGCUAUCGAAAGAGACCUGAGUGCAUGGAGACUGAAGCUUGACAUGGAGCUCCUCUUGAUCAUUUUAACAGCGAUCUUUGGAGGAGUAAUUCGCAGCCGUGUCCAAAUAUGGUGUAUGCAAUUGAAGGGUCCUCUCUAUGUUCCAAUGUUCAAGCCAUUCGGGAUUGUUUAUGCGAGCUUUUUCGGAAUCAGCUUCUUUGGAAAUAGCAUUUACUACGGAAGUAUUUCGGGAGCGAUCAUAAUGGGAAUCGGAUACUAUGCUCACAUGUUGGGGCAAAUAAGAGACGACGAGAUGCGACAAGAUCGGGAAGACAAGAACAGGGAUACAUCGGAGGACAAAGUUCCUCUCCUGCAAGAUGACUCGCAGGUCUAGCAUGGUAUGUUUAUGAACAAGCUCGAUGGAGAAAAAGCAUAGUAGCUCUGGAAAGCAAGUGGUUCGAUUUCUCUAUCACGACAAGAUAGCUUGAGCUUUAGAUUAUCGAAUAUAGAUGCCCUUUCUUGGAGACAGGGGAUGGGCGAAAGAAGAUAUUCAAGUAUCUUCCAAGAUUGUUAUAUUUUUCUGUACAUAAGAUUGCUAGAAUUCUGCCUAAAUGCAUAUGCUUUUAUACAUCGUGCGAGAGAGAGGGCAUGUCUUGAACCGAGAUUUAAUGGAAGGUUCAUGAAUUUGCUUUUGCCUUCUCAUUCACAAUAUGUAAA